GGUGUGAGUCUGAGUACAGUGCACUUCGAUUCCCCAAGUAACACCUCUUUUCUAUCCGAGCACCCCAGACUUCUCUGAGUUUCACGGUGAGACGUGGGUGCUACCGGGGAGCACGGGAGGGGACAAAGGUGGAUGUGUGCGGCAGUGCUCCGCUGUCCCUCUCUCCAGGAUGCCCCUGAACGGGGAUGAACGGGGGUCCAUGUCCUCAUGCCUCGGAGGUAGGACACGUUGUGUCCCAGCAGAGACAUCCCUGGAUUCAGGAUAGCAAAAACCAAUUUCAUAAAACCUCCUAGGUCACAAAGGACAGUCCUACAAAACACCCUAUUUGGAUCGAGUGAGCCUGUAUCUACAACCUGAAUAAUGACUGCUGACUCAAGGGUUACUAAAGAUUUGUCCCCCCAGAAUAGCCAAGAGAUGGAAGGCAUAGUUAUAGCAAAGGUCAAGGAAGAAGAUGAAAAUGAAGAAGACCAUUGUCAAAGGGUAACAAAUAAUGUAGAGUCAUCACCACAGCUUCUUAGUUGCUCUACAACUAUGAAUGAGAGAGCCUUACUGUCAUCAUAUUUAGUAGCAUAUCGAGUGGCAAAAGAGAAAAUGGCCCACACAGCUGCUGAAAAAAUUAUUCUUCCAGCAUGUAUGGAUAUGGUACGUACAAUUUUUGAUGAUAAAUCAGCUGAUAAACUAAGAACUAUACCUCUUAGUGAUAACACAAUAUCUCGUCGGAUCUGUACUAUUGCAAAACAUUUAGAAGCAAUGCUUAUUACACGGCUACAGUCUGGUAUAGACUUUGCGAUCCAACUUGAUGAGAGCACUGAUAUUGCAAGUUGUCCCACACUCUUAGUUUAUGUCAGAUAUGUGUGGCAAGAUGAUUUUGUAGAAGAUCUUUUAUGUUGUUUAAAUUUAAAUUCACAUAUAACUGGAUUAGACUUAUUUGCUGAACUAGAAAAGUGCAUUAUUGGUCAAUAUAAAUUAAACUGGGAAAAUUGUAAAGGAAUUUCAAGUGAUGGAGCCGCAAAUAUGACUGGAAAACAUAGCAAGGUUAUUGAAAAAUUGUUAGAAGCCACCCAUAACAAUGUUCUUUGGAAUCACUGUUUCAUUCAUCGCGAAGCUUUGGUAUCCAAAGAAAUUCCACCAAAUCUAAUGGAUGUUUUGAAAAAUGCAGUGAAAAUUGUUAAUUUUAUUAAGGGAAGUUCAUUGAACAGCAGACUCCUUGAAAUAUUUUGUUCAGAGAUUGGAAUUAACCAUACCCACUUACUGUUUCAUACAGAAGUUCGUUGGUUGUCUCAAGGAAAAGUAUUGAGCAAAGUAUAUGAACUCAGGAAUGAGAUUUACAUUUUUCUCAUUGAAAAGCAAUCUCAUUUGGCAAAUAUUUUUGAAGAUGGCAUUUGGAUAACAAAAUUGGCAUAUUUAAGUGAUAUUUUUGGUGUUUUCAAUGAAUUAAGUUUGAAAAUACAGGGGAAAAACAAUGAUAUAUUUCAAUAUCUUGAACACAUUCUAGGAUUCCAAAAGACAUUGUCAUUGUGGCAAGUAAGACUUAAAAGUAAUCACCCUAGCUACUAUAUGUUCCCGACAUUGUUGCAACACAUUGAAGAGAACAUUAUUAAUGAAGAUUGCUUAAAAGAAGUAAAAUUAGAGAUAUUGUUGCAUCUUAACUCUUUGUCUCGAACCUUUAGUUAUUACUUUCCACAAGAGAAAUUUGAAUCAUUAAAGAAAAAUAUUUGGAUGAAAAAUCCAUUUGCUUUUCAAAACCCAGAAUCAAUAAUUGAAUUAAACUUGGAGCCUGAAGAAGAGAAUGAAUUACUACAGCUCACUUCAUCAUUCACACUGAAGAAUUAUUAUAAGACAUUAAGUUUAUCAACAUUUUGGAUUAAGAUUAAAGGUGAAUUUCCAUUGCUAAGUAGAAAGAGCAUAUUGCUGUUGUUACCAUUCACAACUACUCAUUUGUGUGAACUAGGAUUUUCAAUCUUGACACGAUUAAAAACAAAGAAAAGAAAUCGGCUCAAUAGUGCACCAGACAUGCGGGUAGCAUUAUCUUCAUGCAUUCCUGACUGGAAGGAACUUAUGAACAGGCAAGCACACCCAUCACAUUAAAUAAAAUCUUCACAAAAUUUUGUGUUUGUACUUUUC